GAUCCGUGUCGUCAUGUGACGGCGGCCUCCGAGAAAAUGCCAACAUGGAACCGAGGCAAGGACGAGAUCUUCAGCUGUAAUAACUCGAAAAAGGGACCUACGUCCAGGCCAAGUUUUGUUUCAUUACACGCAGGGAAGCUCAAUCCGUCUCAGUGUUGAGUUAUUAAAGUGAGGGGUCUGCGGUGAUACACUCCCUCAGUCACCUGCCUUUAUUCUGAUCCGGACUGUAAUAAAUGGUUUCAUUAAGUGAUAAACCAGUAGCCAUCGCUAACGAUGCACUUAUGCUGCUCACACUGCCCCGCAUGGAGGUUGGGGGCAGUGAGGUAGGCAGUGAAAGGGGCAGUGAAGGGGGCAGCUCAGCCUCCUGCUCCAGCCCCGAGACGGGCGACACUGCUGCCGGUCUGGGUGAAGAAGAUGACGAAGAAGAAGAAGAAGAAGAAGACGAUGAUGGACUCCUGAACUUUGACUUCACUUCAGGCAUGGAGGAAGCUCUCAGAUUUCCUGAUUUUACUUUGCACGUGUCGAGCAGCUUCUCUCCGACUCUUGAGGAUAUCGAGGAGUUCUUGAUGGAGAAGAUGGAGCAUGUGGAGAAGGGUAUCGGCAUUCCAGACACAAAAACAGAGCAGGUCCUCGAUGAAGACAUGGCAUCUCCCACGAGUCAGCUGGAAGGUACAGCUGUCAAGUCCUCCACCCAAAACCCUGCUAAUCAGACUGCUAGCACUACAGCUAGCUCUUCUCCAGUGUUCGUCGGUGCUCCAGUGGUGCUGCAGAUUCAACCGGUGCAGAUCAGCCACCCGCUUCCCCAAACGAACCCCCCGGCCAACGGACUGCGGGUGGCCCACCUGGUGCUGGGUGUCCAGGGUGGGCAGAACGUUGCUCUGCUCUACCCUUCGGUGCCCUCUGCGACUGUGUUGCCCGUCGUGGGCGAGACUGGGUGCCAAGACCAGAAGUAUGUGAAGAUCGCCCCGCUGCCCAUCACGUUUAGGACAGUUGGCAUUGCAGGGACCAGCUUGGUCAAAGCCAUCCCUCCACGCCCACCCAGGCCCUCCACGGAAAACCUACGGGUGCACAAGUGUUCCCAUCCAGGGUGCGAAAAGAUGUACACCAAGAGCAGCCACCUGAAGGCCCACUUCCGCAGACACACAGGCGAGAAGCCGUACCUGUGCAGCUGGCCAGACUGCGGCUGGAGGUUUUCCCGGUCGGAUGAAUUGUCCCGUCACCGUCGCUCGCACUCGGGAGUGAAGCCUUACAAAUGCACGAUGUGCGAUAAGAAGUUCGCCAGGAGCGACCACCUGUCCAAACACACCAAGGUGCACAGGAGCCCUCGCGCAAGCAGACUGGCCAGACCGAGCGUCUGAAGAAGCACCGUCCUUCCACUAAACCUGGAAAAGCUAGAUCUUCCUUUUAUUUUUUACUUCCUUUCUUCUUCCUUCCUGCUUGGUUUUCUUCAGAUCUGUGCUUUUCUUGGUGCUAACGCUGGCUAACUCGAACCUCAGGGAUGUGAUUGUUUAGCCCCGAAGCUACGCGCUGCUCACUACGCACUAUCCCUGUCCAAUUCCUGGUGUGAAUCUGAUUCGGGAAAGUUUUCGAUGCAUAAAUCUGGGGUGAGGAUUAUAGCACGGUGCUAAACUGGUGCAUUUUUGUGAAUAUUCCCUAGAAAUCUGAACGGAAAAGACUUCGUCCAAUUGUGAGCAUGUCUCCAGACUGCCUUACAGUGACAUCGGUGUCUUUCCAAAGCUACGUAUAAACCUACAUAAGCUUGUAAAGGUCUCGUGUAUGCUCUGUAUGCUAAAACCGAGAAACGGAGAUAAUCCCGUUAUUAUUAUUUUAUUUUUUUUUCUAAACAUGCACUUGUCAGUGUCCUCUCGGAUCGGCUAAUACGUACCGUCAUACUAUCAUGGAAUAGUAUCUAAUGUAUAGCACUUAAGGUAAGAUUUUAAAAUGUCCUGCCUCUGAAUAUCAAUCAAUGCAAGGACCAGUGUGAUUGUUUUUUGUACCGUGAUGUACCUUCAGUUUCUUACCUUUUUUGUACUAAUGCUUGAUGCCUUUUCUUUUGUUCCAAAAA